UCGGCAAGGGACCUCGCCUCUCAUCCUGCAACAAUGGAAACGGAAUUGCUGUUGGCUCCUAUCACUGCUCUAGAGAUUGUAGAAGAUCAUCUGGUAGCAGGUGAAGGACCCAACAUAGCCAUCUACACUUUGGAGCCUGGCGCCAUCCGGUCUCCAAGAUGCUGCAAACAGGUCCUUCAGAACUAUAACAUCCACGGUAUCCAAGCGCAGCAGAAGCUGGCUCCGGGAGUAGAUGAUGCCACCACCCUGGCUGUCUUCGGGGGCAAAGGCCUUGUAAUCAUGAAGUUCAGCCUCCAGAAUAGCACAAUAAAAUUAGCUGAGCUCUUUCCUUUUUGUGAGCUGCAUGAUUGGAUCUGGGACCUGCAAUGGUUGGAAGGUAGCCCUGAGACCCCCAGCUGUGCAGCUCUGGCUCUGGGCCAUAACUCUGUGGCUCUGUAUGACUGUGUCAGCCAACGGAUACUCCGAGAAGUGCACUGCCAAGAGAAAUGCAUCCUCUACUCUGCCCGUUUGGUCGGGAGCAGGUGGGACAGUGUGGUGAUGGUGGCCGGCACCGUCUUCAAUCAGCUGGUGAUCUGGUGUGCGGCUGACCCGGUGGAUGACACAGGGAGGGUAAGGCCCCGCAGCAGGAUCAGCGGGCACCACGGCGUCAUCUUCAGCAUCUGCUACUCGGAAUGCAAAAGCAUCUUGGCCUCAGCUUCAGACGAUAGGAGCCUGCGGCUGUGGGGCGUCGGCAACCUCCGAUCCCCUCCAGAUCAUGUCCCGUGCCUGCUGGUAUGCUAUGGGCACCAGUCCAGGGUGUGGUCGGUCCGGCUGCUGAAUGACUAUAUCAUCAGCAUAGGAGAAGACUCGGCUUGUCUCGUGUGGAACUACCAGGGCGAGAUUGUCCAGAGCUUCAAAGGACACAGAGGCCGAGGCCUGCGCGCAGUGGCCAUGGAUGAGGCAUGGGGCUGUGUCUUCACAGGCGGGGCUGAUUCUGGCAUUCGGUGCUGGCACUUCAAAGGGCCAAGGACUGGUGGGAGCAGCCUCUCGCAACUCAAUUUCCUGUCACCUGAAAGAAAAGGAUCACCCAGAGCAGUAAAACUGGUGGACACCGGCCGUCUCCUCGUAAUGACCGAUGCUGGGGCCAUAUACUCUUACGACUUGACCUCUAAAGCCUGGGCGUUGAUCCUGGAGGAUUCUGCCUAUCGGUCCUAUAGCCUCCUGGAGGUGUCUGAGGUUGCCGGGGGAGAUAUUCUGUGUGCCAUGGGCAGUAUUUCAGGGCAGGUCAAAAUAUUCCCUCUCCGCAACCCUGCGCAAGGCAAGGACCUAAAUCUGUUUGAGGGGAAAGUGCACAGCCUGAGCUGGUCCUCGCGCCCUGGCCAGGAUCUCAGCACUUGCAAUCUCUUUGCGUCUGGCUUGGCUGGCGUUCUGCUGUGGCUGGAGGUCUCUUGCCCUCCACUGGAUGCCGUGACUGUGGCGGUAAAGCAGUGCUUCCUCCUGCCACCUUGCAAGCGGCGAUGGCACAUGUGCACCGCUUUCCUUCCCUGUGGAGAUUUUCUGCUGUGUGGUGACCGCCGGGGCUCUCUCAUGCUGUUCGCUUGCAGGACCCCUUUGGACUUGGAACAAGAGAAAGCAUGUGGGAGAAGAGAUGUAGGUGACUCAGAUUCAGCGACGGUCUGUAACGGGCUAGGGCUGGACUUUCCCAUUAGAGGAGAGGGGCCACUUGCCGAAGGCCCUGUUUCUCUGAUCUUUGGCCUUCACGGGAAGACCGGCGUGACCUCUGUAGCCUGCCACAGCGGCUUCAUCUACAGCACAGGCCGCGACGGCUGCUACCGGCAACUCCAGGUUCUGGGCCAUCAGCUCCACGUGCUGAGGAAGCAGAAGCCGUGCAAAGGCCUGGAGUGGCUGGAAGGGCUGCGUUUCAGCUCCGAUGGCAGCAUGUGGGUCCUUGGCUUCCACGCUGCCCACUUUGUUCUCUGGCAUACCAACAGCAACGAGACGCUGAUGAGCAUCCCCUGCGGGGGAGGCCACCGCUCCUGGAGCUACAUCCGCUGCCGCUCUGCCGAGACCUUUGCAUACGUCAAAUCUGGGGACGUGGUGGUCUACCAAAGCAGAGAUGUGCCCAGUGGGCGGCGGGUCCUCAAAGAAUCCCUGCACGGGCGAGAGCUCACCUGCGUGUGCCACGUUGGAACUUUGGAAACAUCCCAGCAGGAGCCGGUGAGCAUCUUUGCCACCGGCAGUGAGGACAACAUGGUGAAUAUUCUAGCUUUCGGAGCACAGUUUCGCACGCUGACCCAGCUCACGGUGAUCGGGGACCAUAUCGCGAGUGUGAGGGCUCUGGCCGUGGCGGAGGGCAGCGCCGUUCAGCAGGAGACAGGGAGCAUCUCCUCCGUCCUUUUUUCGGCAGGGAGCCGGGCCCAGAUUGAGUGUUACCGUUUGCAGUUCAGCCCUGACCCUGAUUCCAGCAGCGGUGUGUUGUGCCAGCUGGUCCACGUGGCAUCCCAUCGGUUGGACGAGCAGUGGGAUCGCAUGAAGAAUAGGCACAAGUUGAUCAAGAUGGACCCAGAGACCAGGUACAUGUCUGUUGCAGUGUUGGCAGGUCCUGAGGAUGCAGAGCUGCCUGGUCCUUUACUCUUUCUAGCUGCUGCCUGCAGUGAUGGAUCUGUCCGACUCUUCUUGCUGCUUGAACAUGCCCAUAAAUUGUGGCUUGUGGCCGAGUCCUUUCACCAUCAGCGGUGUGUCCUGAAAGUCCAAGUGUUUACAUGCAACACAGCUGACAGAGGAAGAAGACACUUCUUGGUCAGCGCUGCCACUGACGGGGGCAUUGCAUUUUGGGAUAUCACAGCUACCAUCGAUGGUGCCACGGAAGCUGUAAAGGCAGAAGUCAGAGAGAUGAAACUUCUGGCUCUGGGGACUCUGGUCUUUACCAUCCAGGCUCACAGCUGUGGUGUGAAUAGUCUCCACGUCCAGGAAACAGUGAGCAGCCGUUUCCUCGUGGCCAGCGGCAGCGAUGACGGUUCCAUCCACGUCUGCGUUAUCGAAGUGAAUGCCGAAAGCUUGGUCUACCAGGGAACCGUGGGUGGGGAUGGCGUCCGUGUCCUCAGAAAGUUCUCGAGGCUCUGUGCUCACGCGGCUCACGUGACGGGAGUCCGACUGCUACACCCUGACUACCUCCUUUCUGUUUCUGUGGACCAGCGCCUGACCCUGUGGCGCCUCGGUGAGGACAGCCUGUCUUUUGUGCGCAGCAAGUUUUGCCACGUAGCUGAUGUGGCCGCUCUAGAGUGUUGGAACAGUGGGCGACACAGCUGGCACAGCGUGGUAUGUGGGCAGGGCCUGGAGGUUCUCCGGUGCGAGGUGUGA